AUGCCUCCGAUUCGCAGCUCCAAAAACCGCAAGCCGCCGCCCGACGGCUUCGAAGACAUCGAAGACACUCUGCUCGAAUUCUCCAACAAGCUCAAGGAUGCCGAAAAUGCCUCGCACGAAGGAAAGAAGAAGCACGAAAUGGUCUGGCCCGUCUUCCAAAUCACCCACCAGCGUUCAAAGUACAUCUAUGAUCUUUACUACGAGAAAGAAGCCAUCUCCAAGCAGCUGUACGAGUGGCUGUUGAAGAACAACUAUGCCGACAAGAACUUGAUCGCAAAGUGGAAGAAGCAAGGUUACGAAAAGCUAUGUUGUCUCCGUUGCAUUCAGACAAAGGAAACCAACUUCAACAGCACCUGCAUUUGUCGCGUGCCUCGCAAGCAGCUCAAGGAGGACCAAGUCAUCCAGUGCGUCAACUGCGGAUGCCGAGGAUGUGGAAGCAGCGACUAA